AUGGCUGAUUACGAAGAGGGAUAUGAAUAUGAUGAUUAUGGAGAGGAGGAUGCAGGUAUCACGGCAGAGGACUGCUGGACGGUUAUUUCUUCUUUCUUCGAAGCAAAAGGUCUAGUUUCGCAGCAACUCGAUUCUUUCGAUGAAUUCGUCCAAACUACGAUGCAAGAGCUUGUCGAAGAAAAUUCACAGCUCACGCUCGAUCAAAACAAUCCACCUUCGUCCCACGACAAUCCUAUCGCACUCCGUCGAUAUGAAAUCAAGUUCGGUACCAUCAUGCUAUCUCGACCGGCUAUGACCGAAGGUGAUGGAAGUACACAAGUCAUGUUACCACAAGAAGCUCGUUUGCGAAAUCUCACGUAUUCAAGUCCUCUUUAUAUAGAGAUGACGAAGAGUACUCAAGUCGCUGUAGAGCGUCCUGUUCCUCUCAACGAGCUUGAUGACGAACAAGAAGCUGAGAUGGUGAAUGGCGGAGAACAUCCUACACGAUUGGUCUGGGAAUAUGAGGAUGGUGAUCCAGAAGGCCCUAAAGGGGCUCCACUUCCAGAACAAGUUUAUAUCGGAAAAUUACCUAUGAUGUUGAAGUCGGAAUUUUGUAUAUUGAAGGGUCUCGAUGAAGACGAACUUUAUGGAUGGAACGAAUGCCCUUACGACCAAGGAGGAUAUUUCAUCAUCAACGGAAGUGAGAAGGUUCUGAUCGCCCAAGAGCGUAGUGCCGCCAACAUUGUUCAAGUCUUCAAGAAGCCAGCGAACAGCGCAGUGUCUUACUUGGCUGAAAUUCGAAGUGCUUUGGAGAAGGGUUCGCGCCUUAUUUCUUCAUUGCAAAUCAAACUAUACGACAAAGGUGACAGCAACCGAGGAGGUUUUGGUAAAACUGUCAAGUCAACUUUACCGUAUAUCAAGGCAGACAUCCCUAUAGCCAUCGUCUUUCGCGCGCUUGGUGUUGUAUCUGAUGAAGACAUUUUGAACCAUAUCUGUUACGAUCGAAAUGAUACCCAAAUGCUCGAGAUGUUGAAGCCUUGUAUUGAGGAAGCUUUCGUCAUCCAAGAUCGUGAAGUUGCCCUCGAUUUCAUUGGAAAGCGUGGUAACGGUACAUCUUUGACUCGUGAUAAGCGUAUCAAAUAUGCCCGCGACAUCAUGCAGAAAGAGCUGCUUCCUCAUAUCUCUCAAAAGGAAGGUAGCGAAACCCGAAAGGCAUUCUUCUUGGGUUACAUGGUUCAUAAGUUACUUCAAUGCGCUCUUGGUCGUCGGGAGACUGAUGAUCGAGAUCAUUUCGGCAAGAAGCGUUUAGAUUUGGCUGGACCCUUACUUGCAAAGUUGUUCAGAAAUCUGUUCCGUAGAUUGACAACAGAUGUGUACAGAUACUUGCAACGUUGCGUGGAAAACAACCGAGAGUUUAAUUUGACUUUGGGUGUGAAAUCCACAACAAUCACGAACGGUCUGAAAUAUUCUUUGGCCACAGGUAACUGGGGUGAUCAGAAGAAGGCAGCAAGUUCGACCGCUGGUGUGUCUCAAGUGUUGAACAGAUAUACCUUUGCUUCAACGCUUUCUCAUUUGCGCCGAACCAAUACACCCAUCGGACGUGAUGGAAAGAUCGCCAAACCUAGACAACUGCAUAAUACUCAUUGGGGUCUGGUCUGCCCGGCAGAGACACCCGAGGGUCAAGCUUGUGGUUUGGUUAAGAAUUUGGCUUUGAUGUGUUACGUUACAGUUGGUACGCCAAGUGAUCCAAUCGUCGAAUUCAUGAUUCAACGAAACAUGGAAGUGUUGGAGGAGUAUGAACCACUCCGAGCACCCAAUGCAACAAAGGUUUUCGUCAAUGGUGUUUGGGUUGGUAUUCAUCGAGAUCCUGCUCAUUUGGUCAAAUGUGUCCAAGAUCUUCGUAGAUCACACUUGAUCUCUCACGAAGUUUCACUCAUUCGAGAAAUUCGUGACAGAGAGUUCAAGAUUUUCACCGAUGCAGGACGAGUGUGCAGACCUCUAUUGGUUAUUGACAAUGAUCCUGACAGCGCCAACAAAGGUAACUUGGUGUUGAAUAAGGAUCACAUUCGCCGUCUGGAGGAUGAUCAGUUGCUACCAGCAAACAUGGAUAAGAUUGGGAAAGUAAAAAACGGAUACUAUGGAUUCCAAGGUUUGAUUAAUGAUGGUGUGGUUGAGUAUCUGGACGCCGAGGAAGAAGAGACCGUCAUGAUCACUAUGACACCUGAAGAUCUGGACAUCUCUCGACAACUUCAGGCUGGUUAUCAAAUUCGUCCUGAUGAAAGUGGUGAUUUGAACAAGCGUGUCAAGGCACCUAUCAACCCAACUGCCCAUGUCUGGACUCAUUGUGAAAUUCAUCCAAGUAUGAUCUUGGGUAUCUGCGCAAGCAUUAUUCCCUUCCCGGAUCACAAUCAGUCUCCUCGUAACUGUUAUCAAUCCGCUAUGGGUAAACAAGCUAUGGGAGUUUUCCUCACUAACUUUGAUGUGCGCAUGGAUACUAUGGCCAACAUCUUAUACUAUCCUCAAAAGCCUCUCGCCACUACACGUUCUAUGGAGUUCUUAAAGUUCAGAGAACUGCCCGCAGGUCAAAACGCCAUUGUCGCUAUCAUGUGUUACUCUGGCUACAAUCAAGAAGAUUCCGUUAUUAUGAACCAAAGUAGCAUUGAUCGUGGAUUGUUCCGAAGUCUGUUCUAUCGGGCCUACACCGAUCAAGAAAAGCGUAUUGGUAUGAAUGUUGUGGAACAAUUCGAAAAGCCAUACAGAUCCGAUACUCUUAAGCUCAAGCAGGGUACAUAUGACAAACUUGACGAUGAUGGAAUCGUGGCUCCUGGUGUUCGUGUCACUGGUGCCGAUAUCAUUAUCGGAAAGACUGCACCAAUUGCUCCCGACUCUGAGGAAAUGGGUCAGCGCACAAAAGCUCAUGUCAAGCGUGAUGCAUCAACACCUCUUCGAAGUACCGAGAGUGGUCUUGUUGAUCAAGUACUUAUUACCACCAAUGCCGAAGGUCUUCGAUUCGUCAAGGUCAGAAUGAGAACUACCAAAAUCCCUCAAAUUGGUGACAAAUUUGCUUCGCGUCACGGACAGAAGGGUACUAUCGGUAUUACAUAUAUGCAGCAGGACAUGCCGUUCACUAGAGAGGGUGUAGUUCCAGAUCUUAUCAUCAAUCCUCACGCUAUUCCAUCUCGUAUGACAAUUGCACAUUUGAUCGAGUGUCAAUUGAGUAAAGUUUCUACUCUGCGUGGACUUGAGGGUGAUGCUACACCAUUUACCGAAGUCACUGUCGAUUCUGUUUCUAAGCUUCUCCGUGCACAUGGUUACCAUUCUCGUGGUUUCGAGAUCAUGUACCAUGGUCACACUGGUCGUAAGAUGAUGGCCCAAGUCUUCCUUGGUCCCACAUAUUAUCAACGUUUGCGUCACAUGGUCGACGACAAGAUUCAUGCACGUGCCAGAGGACCCGUACAAAUUCUAACCAGACAACCCGUGGAAGGUCGUGCUAGAGAUGGUGGUCUUCGUUUCGGAGAGAUGGAACGUGAUUGUAUGAUUUCUCACGGUGCUAGUGCUUUCUUGAAGGAGAGAUUGUUUGAGGUUUCAGAUGCUUUCAGAGUUCAUAUCUGUGAUAUCUGUGGACUCAUGACACCAAUUGCUAAAAUCAAUACCGGUUCUUUUGAAUGUCGUCCUUGCAAGAACAAGACAAAGAUUUCCCAAAUUCACAUCCCGUAUGCCGCUAAAUUACUUUUCCAAGAGUUAGCAGCAAUGAAUAUUGCCACAAGAAUGUUCACAAAGAGAUCUGGCAUUACGGUGCGCUGA